GCGACAUAGCGGCAUAGCGGUCGCAGGUGGAGCCGGAGCGCGCUGGAGCGAGAGGCUGGAGCGACAGGCCGGAGAUGUCCAGUCCAGUCGCCUCACAGUCACCAUGGACGUGGACGGCGCGAGUCUGGAGGCGGCCCGCGGCCACGGCCACUUCCUGGAGAGGGUCACCGCCAUGCUCCGGGAGGAGGGCUUCAUCGGCCAGCCCUCGCGCAGCCAGCCCGUCGUGCAGUUCAGCCACCCCGACAAGCUGCAGGAGGUGCUGCGCCUGGGGCUGGGCGCGGCCACCGUUGACGAGGACGAGCUGCUUGCAGUGGCGCGGGACGUGGUGCGUCAGUCCGUGCGCACCGGCCACCCCCAGUUCCACAACCAGCUCUACGGCGGCGCGGAUCCCUUCGGCGUGGCGGGGGCCUGGAUCACCGAGGCGCUCAACACGAGUCAGUACACCUUCGAAGUGGCGCCGGCGUUCACGCUCAUCGAGCACAAGGUGAUCGAGCACGUGCUGGCCAAGGUGGGCUUCAGCAACGGAGAUGGCAUCUUCACGCCGGGCGGCAGCGUGGCGAACAUGUACGCCAUGGUGGCCGCCAGGUACAAGAUGUUCCCGCAAGUCAAGAGCGAGGGAGUCCGCGCGCUGCCCCCGCUCGCCUUCUUCACAUCCUACGACAGCCACUACUCGAUCCAGAAGGGCGCGCACUGGCUGGGCGUGGGCACCAACAGCAUCAUCAAGGUGGCGACGGACGCGGAGGGGCGGAUGCAGGCCGCCGAGCUCCGCGACGCCAUCCUGGAGGCGCGGCGCGGCGGCCGCCAGCCCUGCAUGGUCAACGCCACGGUCGGCACCACCGUGCUGGGCGCCAUCGACCCCCUGGACCAGGUCGCCGACGUCUGCCAGGAGCUGGGCGUGUGGCUGCACGUCGACGCCUGCUGGGGAGGGUCCCUGCUGCUGUCCCCGACGCACAAGUCCCGCCUGGACGGGCUGUCUCGAGCCGACUCGGUGGCGUGGAACCCCCACAAGAUGCUCGGCGCGCCCCUGCAGUGCUCCAUGUUCCUCGUCCGCCACAAGGGCCUGCUCCACAAGUGCAACUCGGCCGCCGCGACCUACCUCUUCCAGCAGGACAAGUUCUACGACGUGUCCUGGGACACGGGCGACAAGAGCAUGCAGUGCGGCCGCAAGGUGGACGCCUUCAAGCUGUGGCUCUUGUGGAAGGCGCGGGGCGACGACGGCCUGGCCGCGCUCGUCGACAACGCCAUGGCCUGCGCGAGCUACUUCCGGUCCAGGGUGCAGCAGACGGAAGGGUUCCGGCUGGUGGCGCAGGGCCUGGACUGCACCAACGUGUGCUUCUGGUACAUCCCGCCCAGCCUGCGCGGCCAGACGGAGGACGAACAGUGGUGGGCCAGGAUGGCGGCCGUCGCCCCCGCCAUCAAGGAGCGUCUCGUGCUGGCCGGCACACUGCUCAUCGGCUACUGCCCGCUGCAGCACCGCGGCCACGUCAACUUCUUCCGCAUGGUGACCACGUGCCAGCCGCCCGCCACCAGGGAGGACAUGGACCUCGCCAUCAGGGAGAUCCAGCGACACGGGGAGGCCUUAUAGGACGAAUAUGAAUGAAUGAAUGAAUGAAUGAAUGAAUGAAUGAAUGAAUGAAUGAAUGAAUGAAUGAAUGAAUGAAUGAAUGAAUGAAUGAAUGAAUGAAUGAAUGAAUGAAAUCGUGCAUUGUGAUGUAAUAUAUACGACCAACAGUAAAAAAUAAAU